AUGGACGCCCUCCUCGCCGCUCUGGGCGACGAGAUAUCCGACCACAACGAAGAAGCCUUCCUCGUGUUCUCGCAACCCAUCCCGUCUUCCAACCUCGGGUUCGUCGACUCAAAGGCCCAGGUGCUCGAGCUCCGCGUCGCGGGCAGAGACCUCACGAUCCACCAGUCGCCGGCCGUGCUGGCGUCGAAUCGCGCCGAGGGGACGACAGGUGCAGUUGUGUGGAAAGUGACGCCGCAGUUCGCGGAAUGGAUCGCCUCGGGCUCGAACAUGCUCUUCCAGACCGGCGUCCUCGGCCGCGACGCCACCGUCCUGGAGCUGGGCUGCGGCGUCUCUGGCGUCGUCGGCCUGGCGCUGGCCUCUAAGAUAGAACGGUACAUCGCUACGGACCAGGACUACGUCUUGAAGCUGCUUCGGCAGAACAUCGCUGAGAACUCGCCUUCACCUACUUCUACUACCAAGGGGGGCAACAGGCGCGGUAAGCCGAAGCGUCAGCACGGGCCCGGCAGCGAGACUACCGCCGCCGCGAAUAUAGACGCACUGGCACUCGACUGGGAGGAAGACGACCUCAACGCUCUCCCCGCCUUGCUGGGCCAGAGUCCUCAGUCCCCGGAGCGCGGUCUAGACGCCGUCAUAGCCUGCGAUUGCAUCUACAACGACGCGCUCAUCCACCCCCUCGUGAACACCUGCGCCGAACUCUGCACGCUCAGGUUCAACAGCGAUCUCGAGAACGACGACGGGAGUGAGAAGCCUACGGUCUGCAUCGUUGCGCAGCAAUUGCGCUCCGCAGAAGUCUUCGAGGCGUGGCUGGAGGCGUUCAUGGGGCGGUUUAGGGUGUGGAGGGUGCCGGAUAGGUUACUGACGGAAGGGCUAAGGGAGGGGAAGGGGUUUGUGGUGCAUGUUGGUGUUUUGAGGUCAUGCAUCGUGGGUGGACGAAAAGUACUGAAUUGGCGAGUCGAGCGAUAG